AUGAAUGCAGUGGACUUUGGUGAAGGCAGUCUGAAGAGCUUCUAUGGCUAUCGAGAGACAUUCGACAGUGGGCUGAAGUGGGUGGACAUACCGCAGAACUUGACGUUCGUGCAUACCAAUAAUCCGUACGACGACGAAGAUGCCGAGGAAGGUGCCCAGGUCGAUGACUAUCAACCUCAUACCGCGGUCCAACAGCAGGCACCACAGCACGAUGAUGGUGCCACUUAUGCCGAGUUCGCCAAAAGUCUGGCGAUGCUUGCUAACAACGCGACCGAGUAUCACGAAAACGUGCCAAGCUGGGACACAACUCAGGCGGCGACAUAUCCCAACUAUGCCACGCAAGGCCUCGAGGCACUGAGUGCCGUCGCGAGCCGAGAUCAGUACAACUACGCGCCGCCUCCAGCGAUGAUGACACGCGGCGAGCAAGCACCCUCUCACCAGUCUCCAGCCAUUGGAUCAAGCAGUCAGCAAGCUACUCCAGUCAUGGGUCCACCACACAACAAUUUGGAGUUCAUCCUCAAUCGCAAUAGCGCAGACGCUACACCUGGCGAGACCAACCUCGACCCGCAACUGAAUUCACCAACCCCGACUGGUGCCGGCCCUGGUCAGCCGCCACAACAACAGGACUUUUCGCAACAUUCAACCAACCAUGUACGUACUCCAUCGUACAGCUCCACAUUUGGCGGGCCUCGCUUACAGUCCAAAGGAUCCAAUCAUCAACAGCCUCGACGAAAUGGUAUAGAUGACCCAGAGCUCUCUUUCUUGCUACGAGAUUUCGCCGAGCGUGCUGGCGUCUGGAUGGACCUGUUCGAUCUAUGGCUGUUCUUCGCUAUGCAGGUGCCAGUGUUGGCUGUGAGAUGCCCACUGCUAUUAUAUUCAUGUGCUGCCUGCUCGGCGAAGAGUCUGGCAAGGGUGGACGGCAGGAAGCCGGUAAUGGGAGGUCAGAUCACGCCAUCGCAAAGAUGUCGAAUGGAGUUUUGGCCACGAAGAGUACCCGAUGCAGAAGGCUGGGUGCGAAAAGCCAGAGAGUACUACGACCAGGCUGUGUCAUUGUUGCGGCAGGCGCUGGCCAGAGGAGUGGCUAAGCCAAGCGAUUCAGCUCUAUUUGACGAUGCGGCGGACGAAGCUCCGCCCACUCCGAAGGAUCCCUCCUUACCCACCACUGAAUCCGAUGAGCUCGUAGCUGCGACUGCUAUACUGUGCGUGUAUGAAUUCCUCGAUGCCUCUGGUCCUGAGUGGAGCCGGCAUCUUGAUGGAGCAAAGACAUUAUUUGACAUAGCCAAAGAUCGCAUGGUCCCACUGACGCUUCCACCUUCGCCUGCAUCAUCACCCAGAUCCAUGCUACAUCGGCUGAGUACGGCAUCAAGCGCGAGCCGUCCUUCCAUACCUCGCCGACUCAGCCAGGGACGAAGAGCAGUAUUCUGGAACUUCGCCCGGCAAGAUAUGCUGGCUGCCUUCAUAAACAACACGUCUACGCGACUGGACACUUUCGAUACAGCUAUGUGGCGAAAUGCUGGUCUGAAGCUGAAUGUCGAGGGUUCUGUCUGUCCUUCAAACCCGCAGCACGCCGACUAUGCACCCGAGAAUGCUAUGUCUGACGAUCUGAUUGCCAACGCUCUGAUCUGGCUACAGCAGAAGCUGGUCAACUUCAUCGCAGCUGGCGAUGACGUACCACGCGGGGUGUGUCCUCUUGGCCUAGGAGUUCGCCAGCAAGAGUUACUCGAGUACUGGGAAGGUCUGGACAAACAAUUGCAAAUCUGGUAUCAAGGCCUGCCAGAGAACUUUGUGGCGACGGCCAUUCGCCCAGCCGCGUACGAUGCGAGUGGGAGCCUCACAGCGAUCGAACAGCAAUGGCAUCCCAGACCCAUGUGCGCGAGUACCAUGCAAAGCUAUCACUUCGCCCGCAUCCAACUCCUGCACAAUAAACCUCACGUCUCGACCGCCACACCCUUCACUUCAGGCUCGCCCAGCAGGCCAAAGUCCACCACGCCUGCACCCCUGCCAGGAACACCAGAUGGAUCGUCCCUAGCGGCAAGACACGCAAGCUACGCCAGCAUCCUCCAACAAUCACGUAACCAUGCCAAGGAAAUCGUCGCUAUCGGUCUCGGUCGCACCGACGAAGGUGCCAGGAUCCACUCGGUGCAACCGCUCUGGACGGCUGGGUUGGUGCUAGGUGGCGACAUUAAGGUCGAGGAGGGUGGCGGGGUCGAUACCGAGACGGAGAUGUGGAGACGAUGUAUUCUUGCGCAGUUGAGAGCGAUUGAGUACGAUAUUGGGUGGGCUAGUGAGUAUCGGGUCAGGAAUCUGCUCGAGUUGUGGGGCCUGCCUAUGGAUUGGGGUGUUGAGAUGACUCAGGUAGUAGGCUGA